CAGAUAUGUGCUUGCCUUCCGGCCCGAUUUUAUUAAGAACGAAUUCCACGCUUCGAUACAGAUCAAUCUUCGAGUUCGUAAGGAGCGAAACUACAUCGCGCUGCAUGCCAAAGACUUGGUUAUCGCGUCAACACAAUUGUACAAAGCUCAAUCGCCAUGCGAGCGGAUUCUUGUGAAGUCCGUGUGCCACGUGAACGAGUACGAGAUGAUAUUUGUCAGAACAGUCAAGCACAUAGCGGCGGGCGAGUAUUUUUUGAGGAUGAAUUUCAGCGGUCGUCUGACCGGGACGAUGAAGGGGCUGUAUCUAAGCACGUACACGAAUUUUGGACACGAGCCUGAUAGGAAACUAUUGGUUACACAGUUCGAGCCGGCCUACGCGAGGAUGGCGUUUCCCUGUUUCGACGAGCCGAGCUUUAAAGCUAUAUUUCACAUACGUCUCGUUCACUCCGCGCGAUUGCAUUACCGCGCAUUGUCCAACAUGCCAAUUUCGAAAAUCACGAGCGCGACGAACAACAGCGAACUGAUGAUCACGUACUUCGCACCCACACCUCCCAUGUCCACAUACCUGGUGGCUUUCGUCGUCAGCGAUUUCGAGUGUCUGACAUCCAGUAUCGACAGCUCGGGCGGGAAGAAAAUUCCGCUGAGCGUCUGCACGCGCGCCGUUUACAGAAACGAAGCGCGAUUCGCGUUGCGCUUCGCUGCUCGCGCCAUGAAAUAUUACUCCGAUCUCUUCGGGAUUGAUUACCACUUGCCGAAACUCGACUUGGUCGCCAUCCCCGACUUUGCUUCCGGCGCCAUGGAGAAUUGGGGUCUGGUUACUUUUCGCGAAACGAAACUUCUCCACGAUGAAGCUCGCGCUUCGUACGCGGACGCGAGGAACGUCGCCCUCACAGUGGCGCACGAGUUGGCUCACAUGUGGUUCGGCGACGCGGUCACCAUGAAGUGGUGGAACGACCUGUGGUUAAACGAGGGAUUCGCCACGUACAUGCAGCACCGAGCCGUAGAUUCUGCUUUUCCGGCUUGGCAGCAGAUGGCUAGUUUCCCAUUGAAUACAAAGUACAUCGCAAUGAAGGAUGACUGCAAGCCGAGCACGAGGGCGGUCGCGACGAACGUGGAAACCCCCGACGAGAUCGGCGAAAAGUUCGAUCGCAUGUCUUAUCAAAAAGCGGCGGCGGUUAUCAAUAUGUUGGAAAAUGCGAUGGGAAAAUCCAGAUUCGUGAACGGAAUUAAGAAUUAUCUCGAGAGGUAUCAAUUUCGUAAUGCUGAAUCCCGAGAACUCUUCGAAAUCCUGCAUCACAUUGAUCGGGGCACAGUUAACAUUGUCGAGUUCAUGGAUCGAUGGACGAAGCAGUCCGGAUUUCCGCUCGUCAACGUUCGACAAGACGGCAAGACUUUUAGAUUAUCGCAAGAGAGAUUUGUGGUCAACAAAAAACGCGAGAAAGAAAAAUUUACGGAGACUUGGAUCAUUCCUUUAAAGUAUGCGACUGACGACGAAAAUGAAGGUGUCAAGUUCGAUUGGUUUCUCGCAAAUUUCUCAUGUGUGGAGCUAUCUGUCGAAAGACCGGUGCAAUGGAUCAAACUGAAUCACGGCUCGAUUGGGUACUAUAUCGUCAAUUAUACGGAAGAUGCGUGGGCCCGAUUCGACGAUCUAUUGUCUCGUGACAUGCAGGCUUUGGAUGCGAUUGACAGAGCAGAUCUACUACACGACGCGUUUCUCCUAGCGGAUGCCACCGAUAUGUGCUAUUGUAUCGCUAUGAAUUUAUCGACUUAUCUUCGGAAUGAGACAGCCUUGCAGCCUUGGAUCAUCGCCAGUCAAUGGCUCAUCCAGACCGGCAGGCUGUUGCAUGACACGCAUGUCUAUGCUCGAUUUCAAAGAUACGCGCGUGCUUUGAUUAGCGGAAUGUAUCGGAGAUUCAAUUGGAACGUCGAUAGUAGCGAGUCGUUUGGUAACAGAGAACUGCGCGCGAUAAUUCUACACGCUGCCUGUAGCGUCGCUCACAAGCACUGUCUCGCUUUCGCCAGGAACUCGCUGAGAGAAUUCGCGUAUAACCACAGCGCGGAGCGACCACAUCCGGACGUGCGUUCGAUCGUGUACUCGUUCGGUAUCGCCAUGCGGUCGGAUGACGUUGAAGCUGUAUUUGAGACGCUGUGGCAACGAUUCUUGCAGGAGACUGAUAUACGCGAGAGAGAAAGAUUGAUGAUCGCGUUGGCCAGCGUUCGAAACGCGACCGUUCUUAGUCGAUAUCUCGAGAUAGCGACAAAUGAGAAUUAUAUUCGCCGGCAAGAUUUCUUCGAGGUGCUCGUGAGAAUUGCUCUAAAUCCUGUGGGACUCGAUAUCGCGUGGAACUAUAUACGAUCAAGCUGGAAUGAUCUCGUUGGAAAAUACACGCUGAAUGAUUACGCUAUGGGUAACGCGAUUGCCACGAUAGUGUCUCUGUUUAAGGACGAGACUAGAUUCAGAGAGGCCUUGCGAUUUUUCGACGAGCAUCCGGAGGCGGGGGUCGGUGCAAACGCGAGGAUAAGCGCUAUCGAGGAAGUGAAGUUUAAUAUCAACUGGCUCCGAAUAAAUGUACAGAGAAUAGAUCAAUGGCUGAGAGUCAGUGGCUGUGAUCAAAUACCCUCUCUGUGUUCGUAGAUUAUAGAAGCUUCAAGAUAUUUUUAAGUUAUUUUUUAUUUAUUAUGCGGAUAAUUGUAACGAAUAAUCUGAGAAACGCAAGGGAGAGAUUGUUGUGUACAACAUUAUACAUUGUAACGAAAUG